UCUUUGGUAUCUGCUGUGCUGCUGCUUCACUCUCUCUCUUUACAGAAAGUUGUAGAAGUUUUCAGACGUGUCACUGCUGGAUGUGAGGAUGGGAGCCACUUUGCUCUGUGAGCUGGGCCUAUUCUUGCUCUGUACGCUCGUCUGCAGUGGACACGCUCAAGGUGCUGUGCUAACUAUUGAACCCAGCUGGUCCAGUUAUUUCAUUGGAGAGUUUGUUACCUUCAAGUGUAACAUGAAUGAAGGAAGAGACACUGACUGGUAUUAUGCAAUCAACAAGGAUGGUCGAGAGUAUUUCGGCUACAGUGCACAAAAAGACUACAGAUUAGAAAUUAGCUCGACAUAUCACAGUGGUGAAUAUCAGUGCUCUGGUACCUGGAAGGAGUCACAUUAUACAAAGAACAGUAAUACUGUCUUUAUAAGUGUAUUAGCAUAUAGACCCUGGGCCACACUGACAGCAGGAACAACAAUCAUACCAGUAGGGGGCAGUGUUACACUGACCUGCUCUGUGCAGAGCUCUGAUGGAUGGAAAUAUGAGUGGUUCAGACGAACCCAAACAACCUAUGAAGGUCAAAUCAGAGGUCAACAAAACAGAGAUAUCAGAGUAUCUCAAGGAGGAAUCUACCGCUGCAGAGGAACAAGAGGAAACCCAGUUUACUACACUUAUGACAGUUAUGAUGUCAUCAUUGAGAUAACCACAUAUAGACCCUGGGCCACACUGACAGCAGGAACAACAAUCAUACCAGUAGGGGGCAGUGUGACACUGACCUGUUCUGUGCAGAGCUCUGAUGGAUGGAAAUAUGAGUGGUUCAGACGAACCCAAACAACCUCUGAAGUUCAAAUCAGAGAUCAACAAAACAGAGAUAUCAGACCUGGUAUUAUUACAGCAGCACCUGAAAGCUCUUCAUUUCUCACUCCUUUGAUCGUUGGACUCGUUUGUGGAGUUUUACUGAUUCUUCUUCUUCUUCUGCUUUUGUGUCGCUUCAAACAGUCAAAGGAUUCAUUCUUUGUCAGGACUCGGAGCACAAAUCAGAGCUCUGUAAUGAACCACAUGAUCAAGGAUGAAGCUCAACACAGUCAAGAUAACUCUACUGUCCAAGGUGAUGCUUGUGUUUAUGAAUCAAUCAAAGACCAUGAUGACACACAAAAUGAUGACAGCCUGUUGUACGCACGGGUCUAUUACACUAAAGCGAAACCUAAGAGACACAAAGGAAAACCAGCUCCUGCAGCAGCUGAUGAAACAGUUUAUUCUGAAGUUAAAUCACAAACAGCUCUGGAUUAAUAACAAGAUCUGCAAAACCAACCGGAUCAGUGACAAAACUGAAUUAAUUCCAUUAGAAGUAAAGAGCUCAUUGGAGAAAAUGAGAUUAUGCACUGUUUUGUAAAAUAAAAUAAAGUCAAACAAACUUUCUUUCAUCAUAAUAGCACCAACUGAUGAUCUGGCUUUGAGACCAGGAUGCUUUUUAGAGUCUUUUUACAUUUAGAUUGCUCAAUAA